AUGAAGCCUCAUCCGUGUCUGAGUAGAGGCUGGAGAGCCGUUGCUCGGCCUCGCCAUACCUCGACUUCAUCCUUGCCAUUCUCGACAUCCUCGAAUUCCUCGACCUCGGCCUCGACCUCAUCCUCAAAACCAACGAUCCCGACUCCCUCCCCAAAGUCUCCCCGUCCCAGUCAAAAUCGCUGGUUAGGAAUUGCACUCGUGGGAGCAACAGCUGCGGCUGCAGGAGCAUACAUCCGGUCUCAAAGUACCGACUCCGCGACCCUAAAUCCAGAUACGUUCACCAAGUACCGCCUCGUAUCUCGCGAGCCAGUGUCAUCUACGAGCAGUCUCUUCACCCUGCGACCGCGUAAACCCAGUGAACACAAUUACGACGUCUACGAAGAUGCAUGGAGGACCGGAGUAUGGAGUGUAAUGUUCAAGCAGCCGCAGCUACAGAUCGGCCGGGACUACACACCGCUACCUACGACCGCGGCGACAUCGUUAAGCGUGGACGACGAGAAUGAGGGAUGUUUGCGGUUCUUCAUCCGCAAGGAUCCAUUCGGUGAGGUAUCACGGUACCUGCAUACGAUUGAUGUAGGUGCUGAUGUGGAAAUGCGUGGCCCGAAGAUUGAAUGCGCUAUUCCGGCUGAAACAGACGAUAUUCUAUUUAUUGCUGGCGGAACUGGGAUUGCGCCGGCGCUACAGGCUGGGUAUUCUCUUUUGACUCGCACGACUCGUGAGCGUCGACCAAGGAUUCAUAUUUUAUGGGCGAAUCGGCUGAAGGAUGACUGUGCUGGUGGUCAGAGUGACUCUGCGAAGCCCCAGGCCCGAGGCUGGUUCUCUGGGUGGUUUGGCUCAUCUCAGAGUCAUGAGCUUGAGAGCAAGAAACAGGAUGCUGUUGCUGUUAUGGAAGACAAGCACACUUCUCGGAUCGUACGAGAGCUUGAGGCGCUCAAGUCACAAUACCCUGGGCAGGUCACCGUGGACUACUAUUUGGACGAGGAGAACACUUUUAUUGGGAAGAAAGAUAUCUUGAACUCGAUCCAAUCCACGCCGACAGACGGCUCCCGCAAGAGCAAGUUGAUCUUGGUUUCCGGGCCCGAGGGCUUCAUCAGCUAUAUGGCUGGACCAAAGCUCUGGGCUCAGGGACAGGAGCUCCAAGGACCUCUGAAAGGAGUGAUUCGGGAACUUGACCUCAAAGAGUGGGGCGUUUGGAAGCUCUGA